AUGCUAGAAGCAGCACAAAGAAGAAUGAGUCUGAAGAAGUGCCUCAGAGAUCUCCGCGAAUACAAUAUUCCGCUAGCAGCUUUGCUGAGCGAAGACAGGACCCGCACCUCUCCUCAUCAUGAGAUGGAAAUCAGAAGAGAAGAGAAGAGAACAGAGAAGAGAAGAGAAGUUCUACCGGAAUCUUUUCUGCUUGUCAACUCAUGUGUCAAGCCCGAUCAUCCCCACCGGCGAAGCUCCACCACAGAUUCUCCCUUCGGAAGUACGAGUCGCUAUCAAGAGCAUGAAACCUAG